CACCGACCACCAUCCACGCGGGACGCGGCGCGGCAGGCCGGGGAGCGGCGACGACGCGGCCCGGCGCGGCCCGGCGGCGACCGCGGCGGCCCCCGCUUCCUCUUCCUCCUCCUCCUCGUCGUCGUCGUCUCGAGAUACCUCGUCAUUGGUGUCCACAAUGUCGCGGACAACGUGCAGCUGCCCCAACAAGAAGUGUUUCCAAGGCAUUUGUGACUGUUUAAUAAGGAAUGCGGUAUGCUGUUCGGGAUGCAACUGCGGUGGUGACUGCCAGAACGACUUAUCUCUUGGAACAAUCAACCCGGCUGCUGCCCAAGGUACCACCCCAACGCUUGCCUCGGGCUCUUCUGCUAACCAAUCUGCCGCUGCCCAAGCUGCUGCUGACCAAUCUGCCGCUGCCCAAGCUGCCGCUCAACCACAACCUAAACCAUUGCCAGCACAAGAACCAGAGUCCAAGGGUGAAGCCAGGAAUACCUCCCCAUCAGCAGUCAAAAUGAAGUUCAUCGACCAGGGGUGCAGCUGCAGGACGAUCGGAUGUAACCACCACCGUUGUCCUUGCUUCACGCGCAAUGUCAGGUGCACCUCAAAUUGCAAGUGCCCAGCCACAAUCUGUGUUAAUCCCGUUGGGGCCAAAGGGGAUGAGUCCAACACUCAACCAGGAGGGCAGCAAGGUACCAGUGGCACACCUGACGAAGCAGUGUUGGAGCAAGAGUCACAGAUUGUGCAGCCAAGAGAUACCUUGUCAUUGGUGUCCACAAUGUCGGAGAGGACGUGUGGCUGCACCAACAGUGAUUGCUUCCAAAGCUGCGUUUGCUACACGACGAAUGUGAUAUGCUCUCCGGACUGCAAGUGCCAUGGUCACUGUCUGCACAACGUAGUUAAGAGGUGGUCUGCUGCCCAAGCUGCCGCUCAAACGCUUCCCUCGAGCUCUGUUGUGGCGGCGCUCGUGCCGGAUACGAAGACUAAGGCACUGCCAGCAUGAGAACCAGGGUCUACUCAAAAGCCAUGCCGCUGUGACGAGUCCAAGUGCGAAAACAUGAACUGCAUAUGUGUCAGGGCUGGCUUGCCUUGCUCUGACCGCUGCGAGUGCAAGGACUGCGUUAACACCAAGACCAGUAAGGAGAAGCUGCAGGAUCGCGGGAUUAAAAGAGAGGUUCCUGCUUCAGGUUCUGGAAUGAGCACAAUGACCGCGGGAGAAGCACUGGCUGCCAAGGAGUCUGCCGUGGGGUGCAAUUGCCAAAGUGAAUGUGCCAGUGGCUGCGGUUGCGUGAAGGGUAACAUCAGGUGCACCUCAAUAUGCAAGUGCAAACCGCGGUGCGGCAAUGACGACGGGAGCAGAUUUACCAAUAAGUCCAAGGCAGGACCUGGAGGUCAAGGAGGUACCGGCAGCAGCAGCAGCGCCGUCGAAUCGACGGGCAAAGGGCCAAAACACGGGUGAUGACAGUAGGCUUGAGACAUACCAGAGCAUGAUGCAAGUCACCUUACAUACUUAGCAUCCUCAAGUCACCUCCUGUUCAGAUAUCUCCCACUGUAAAGCACAGCCAGGUUCCCGUAUAUUCCUUGUAAUGGAUGGUUACUCGAAGCAAGCACGGCGGCAACUCCAUGAUCUGCGAUGUCGUUAGCUUCAGAACGUGGUCUUGAUCAGACGGAUAGAUACUUGAGAACAUACAUAUACAUACUCAUGUAGGAAUAUCAGUCAGCGUCCAUGCAUACCGCGUGCCUGGAAAGGGUUGGUCUUAUGCAUACAACACAUAGUUCCUGCAAAUGAUUUUUCUCUUAUAUACUUUAGGAAUAUUCCGAUGGUGUUUGAAACCCAAUGUAGUAUGGAUCUGAUGUGCAUAAACAAGGAUGCCUGGUGGCGUUAUGAUCUGCAUUGCGUUACAUAGUAUGAUGGUAUGCUCUCACUCAUGUUUGCAUCAUCACAUUCUUAAUUC